UUUUUGUCUGAUACCAUUUUGUCGAAUACUAUUUUGUCAGAAACAAGAUUUCUUCCUUCUCCACUACUACCCUUUCACUCCAUUAUUUUCUUCUCGCCAUUCAUUUUUACGUUUUUUAGCUUCAAUAAAAUUUUUUUCGAUUUUUAUUCAUCGGAUUUAACAAAUGUACAUGUUGUUGUUCCAUUUAUCUUCAAAAAUAAAUUAAAAUAAAUUUUGCUUAUUUUCCAAAAUCGCCGAACACUUUGAAUUUAACUGAAUUAAUUGCUUAAUUAAAAAGUAGACGAAAUGUCAAAUUUUCGCCACCUUGACGAAGUGAAAGUUGGUGUAACGACAAACCUCGUAAUAAAACAAAUAAAAACCUCUCACAAUCACUCUCUCCAUUUACCACACUAUCUAAAGACAAAAUCGAUUCGGUUACGGUAUUUAAUCGAUUUAAGGAUUGUUUGCGUUGUUCUUUUUUACCUUACCUUUUUUGAUACGUACAAUUAUUUUUUUUGAUUUCACGUCGGUGUUUAAAAAUUGAUUUUCAGCUUUAAAACCAGUUAUUUCAACUUGUUAUUUUAAAAUUUAGGAAGCCGUUAAUUUUAUUCCUUUAUUAAAGUAAUCGUUUGCCAUUUUUUUAAACUGUUUAUUUCAACUACAAGGUCGGGUAUUGCCUCUCAUGUAAUCUUUUUGUCUCUUGACAGCUAUAUGAUUUCUCAGUUAACUUUGAAAUGUGGGAGUCUUUAAUUUAAUUUUUGCCUAACAUCAAGUUUAAUCUCUCUUCAGAAACCAGCUUCAGAGUUACCUCCGUAUUUAUUUACCACCCACCCAUAUUUUCUUUUUUGUGUCGCCUCUUAAGUAUUUUUUGACUCUUGACAGCUAUAAGAUUUCUCAGUAAACUAAAAAAUUUGUGAGUCUUCAAUUUUAUUUUUAACCCAAAUUUGAACAUAACCUUGCUGUUCGGGUAUAACCAACAUCGAGUUUUAUCUCCGGCUUUAUUCACCACGCACACAUUUUCGGGUACACCACUAUAUACCGCGAGCCCAGUAUACCGCCGAGCUAUGACUUUGUUCAAAAUUGUCAAAUCCGGGGCACCCUGGUAUAGUUUAAGUCAACAAGUCGGGCCACAUUGAACCAUACCAGGGCGUUCCAGAUUCGACAAUUUUUAACGAAGUUAUAACUCGGCGGUAUACUGGGCUUGCGGUAUAUAGGCCUGCUCUCCACAUUUUCUUUUUAAUUUUGUUUUCAGAUUUAUUUUUUAAUAAGAUUUUAGUUUAUAUAUAUGUCAACAAUAAUCAUUCGCCUCCAAAAUUUGCCGCUUAGCGCCAAAGCAGCGGAUAUUCGGGAAUUUUUCGGUGAUUUAAAAAUCCCAAAAGGAUCAGUCAAUAUUGUUGGAGGGCAUUUGGGGGAUGCUUUUAUUGGCUUUGCUUCAGACGAAGAUGCAAGACUUGCAAUGUUAUUAGACGGAAGAUUGUUGCAUAAUUCAAAAAUUCGUUUAAUGCUUUCUUCUAAACGGGAAAUGGAACAGGUUAUUUCGAAUGCCCAAGCAUUUGCUGGUAAAGGACCGUCAAUGAAUCAAACAGAAAAUAAUCAAAAUACUUUUUCUCCUCCUGAUCCGUCGCAAAAGGAGUCGACAGUGAAAUUGGAAGGUUGUUAA